ACUCGCUCCAAACACAAACACCAGCCAAGAAGAAGAAGACAAUCAUCCAUCCGUCCAUCAACCAAGCAAGCAGCCAGACAGAAGAAGAAGAGACAUCACCAUCCCACCCUUGUCACGGUCACAUAGCUUGUGUGUGCUUGUUGGCGUCUCAUACGCAAGGCAACAAGAGGACACGCAGUCAUGUCCUACGAACACUCUUCCAACGCCAUGAUGGGCGCUGAAGGAUUUGGCAGCGACGAUGUCGACGUCCCUACCGAGGGCUUCUCCAACAUGAACAUCCAAACGCACUCCGGCUACCGUGCUGGAUUUCUUCAACGUGGCACGCAAAGCCCCAUCCAGAUCCUGGAUGUGGGCAAGGAGUCGGAGAAAAUUCGCGUUAUGAAAGACAUUGUUCGUGAGAUGGCCACGGGGAAUGACCAGUCCGAGUUCUUCCCGCACGUGGUCAAAUGCGUCGCAUCCAAGAGCAUGGAGCUGCGGAAGCUGGUGUACAUGUACUUGGUGCGCUAUGCGGAGGACGUGCCGGACGUGGCGUUGCUGUCCAUCUCCACCUUCCAGCGCGGGCUGCACGACCCAAACCAGCUCAUCCGCGCCAGUGCCCUGCGUGUGCUGUCAUCCAUCCGCCUCCCCGAGAUUGUGCCCAUCCUGCUGCUCUCCCUCAAGCAGGCUGCAAGCGACAUGUCCCCCUACGUCCGCAAGACCGCCGCACACGCUCUGCCAAAGCUCAACAGCCUUGCACCGCUUGAGCGGGAGUCUGUGAUGGAGAUUCUUGAGAAGCUGCUGCACGACCGCACGACGAUGGUCCUCGGCAGCGUCAUCAUGGCCUUUCAGGAGAUUUGCCCCGACCGGCUUGACUUGCUGCACAAGCACUUCCGCAAGCUGUGCGACGUUCUCAUUGACGUCGACGAGUGGGGCCAGAUUGCAAUCGUCAAGCUUCUUGUUCGGUACUGCCGCGUCAACUUUGUUGACCCAAAUCUGCACGGCAGCAGCGGCAUCGACACGGGGAAAUUCUACGACGACGACGACACGUCAAGCAACGACGACGACGAUGAUAGUGAUGAUGAUGAUGCUGAUGGCAGCGAUGGUGAAGGAAAGAAGAAGAGAAAGAAGAAGCAUUAUGAGAUGGAUGCUGAUUUCCGCCUGUUUCUGCGCGCCAUCCAGCCGCUGCUGCUGUCGCGUAAUGCCGGGGUGGUGAUGGCGGUGGUGCAGGCAUACCACCACCUCGCACCAAACACCGAGGUGCCCCUCGUCACCCGCGCCCUCAUCAGACUCACAACAGAGGACAGGGAGGUGAAGGAGCUUGCGCUGAUGGCCAUUGCCAGCCUCGUCCAGACCCGCACAUCCAUGUUUGAGCCAUACAUCAAGGCCUUCUUCGUGAGGAGUGACGAUCCACUGCGGUGCAAGCUGCUGAAACUGGAGAUUCUGACGACCCUCGCCUCAGACACCACCGUCUCCCCAAUACUCAGGGAAUUCCAGGAGUACGUCAAGCACAACGACAAGCGGUUUGUGGCGCAGACGAUCCAGUGCAUCGGGCGGUGCGCGUCCAAGCUGCGCAACGUUACCGAGACGUGUCUCUCCGGCCUCAUGGCCCUCCUCAACAACAACGACGAGCUUGUUGUUGCUGAGAGCGUGGUUGUGAUUAAGAAGCUGCUGCAGCUCAACCCGGAGGCGCACAAGGACAUCAUCCGUUCCAUGAGCAAGCUCGCCGUCAAGAUCACGGAGCCGACCGCCCGCGCGUCGCUGCUGUGGAUUGUUGGCGAGUACUCCCAGCACGUUCCCAAGAUGGCCCCCGACGUGCUCAGACAGAUGGCAAAGACAUUUCCGCAAGAGGAUGUUGCGGUGAAGCUGCAGACACUCAACCUCGCUGCCAAGCUCUUCCUCACAAACCCAAAGCAGACAAAGCACAUUUGCGCGUAUGUGCUGAAGCUUGCCAAGUACGACCAAAACUACGACCUGCGCGACAAGGCUCGCCUCAUCAACACCAUCAUCUUCACAAAGGAUCUGCGCAUCCACAAGAAAUCGAAGAAGCUGUUCCUGAGCGAGAAGCCCGCACCAAACCUCAGAUCAACAUUCGACGAUCGCUCCGAGUUUCAGAUUGGAUCCCUCUCCUUCUUCCUCAACCAGGCGUGCCAUGGAUGGAAUGCCCUUCCUGCAUUUGCGGAGGAGCCGACAGAUCCCACGCUGCGCCAAGUCGCCGAGCCGGUUGAGCUCGGCGGAACAUCGAAGGAGUUUACACUGGACACGACGACCGAGGAGGAGACAACGAGCGACGACGACACGACGACAUCUGGCGAAGAGGACACGACGUCCGGUGACACAGACACCAGCAGCAGCGGCGAGGAUGACGACGAUGAGGAUGAGGAGGAGGAUGACAGCAGCGCCGACUCGAGUGAUGACAAUCAUGGUGAUGAUGGCGGUGAUGCGCGUGCGACGAAGGGUAAAAGCAGAAAGCGCGCACCAUCCGUGUCGAGUGGACCUGACAGUGACGAGAUUGUGGACAGCAGUGAGGCUGAUGAUGAUGAUGAUGAUGAUGAUGAUGAUGAUGAUGAUGAUGAUGACGACGACGACGACAACACGAGUGAUGAUGAUGAUGAUGAUGAUGAUGAUGAUGAUGAUGAUGACGACGACGAUUCGAGCGACAACUGA